UUAAUUAUAAACAUAUAUGAGCUUCGGGUAUAAAUUUGGUGUAUCAAGUAGUGUGUACUCAUAAUUUUAAACAUUUGGUUAAUCUCAAGAAUUGGAAAACAUUUUAAAAAAUAAUAACCCCACUUUGGAAGAGUUGUUGGAGAGAGACAAUUUCCUAUUUGACAUCAAAGCUGGAGCUAUGAAUGCUUUUACUGAAUUUGUUUGGAGACAACCUGAGAAUUUAGAAAAGAUGAUUCACUAUAUUAUUGUCACAAAUGAGCAGAUGGAAGAUAAUGAGAAAAGUCGAAAAUUUCCAUAUAUAAUAAGCGGGAUCUUCAGUUUGGAAAACACAAGAUUGUUUGAUUUGUUAUUCCUGAGACAUCGAAACGAAUCCUAAUCCUCGUUAUUGAGCAAUGAAAGAUUGACUACUAUCGAAGAUGAUAUAUUGCCAGAAUAUUAGAUGCACCACGAAGAUCAAUGCAAAGAGGAAGAAGAUUUUAAUGGGGGAGGAAUAUCUGGAACGUCAAGUUAGUAUAUGUCAAUAAUCAUAGUCUAGUGUGCAUCCUUCAAAUCCAAGUCAGGAAUGCAUCUGAAUGAGAAUGUGAGAUUGAACAUCUUAAAUGCAUUUUUCAAAUACCUAGAGUCUCCAAACAUAAAUGAUACAUCAAUGGGGUAUUAUGCUUAGAUUUUAAAACCUGUAGCUAGUAAAUAUGGAGGAGAAUUUUGGGAUCACAUCGUUGUCAACAGCAACAUCAUAAGUGAUUUGCUCCAGCACAUCAACCAUUAUUAAAUUGUAGAAAUUGUGGUUAAACUAUUAAUUUUAGAUUACAAAAUUAAUGACAAUGUAUACAUCAACCAAAAAUGUUAUAAUUAUAGAAAACAGCUUUUGGAAGAGAUGAUACACCAAAUGGAUAAGUUUUCUGAUAACAUUACAAUGGUCGCAGACAUCACUUAAAUAUUUGAUUUGCUUUUGGAGUAAGGAAUUCAGUAAAAGUUGUAUGAGUCCUUGAGAGAACUAUUUGAUAUUGUUUUAAAACCAUAUUACUUCUUUAAAAUAGCUAAAAAAACUGGGGUGCUUACUGUCUAUAAGGUGUUCUCCAAAAUCCUAUUAUUUAUUUAAGUAAACUCCUUACAAGGUAAUUAAAUCAUCAUGUAUCUAGAUUAGAAGACUUCUGAUUUACUGCAGGUAAUCUAAUAAAUAAGUCCCCUCAUUAUCUCAAAUUUUUAAGAUGAAGAAACCUUUGGACUCAAGAACUUGUGUCUUGUUUAAGCUCUCGAUGUUUGCGAUAAAUUAAAUAACCCACUCUUAUUUGAGUCAAUGUUCUAAGCUCAAUUAUAUUAGAGUUUAAUAGAGUAUGCCAUUAAGUAUCAAUGGAAUAAUUAACUCCAAAUCUAUGUGACUUCAAUCAUAAAAUCCAGAAUCUAAGAUGAAAAAUAUUGUCAAAGAAUUCUAAAGGAGACCGACAUCUUGAAUCAAAUCAAAAAGAACUUAAUUGAUUAACCAAACAAUUCCAGCUUUAGAUCCAAAUGCAGCCACGGAUAUAGUGGAUUUUUAAAAACUGUAGGGUACAAGAUAUUGUAGAAGCAAACAACGAGCAAAAAGAUGAAUUCGUUAUUAUAGGAGUAGCAUGGUUAGAUUAUCGAGGCUUUGUAAAGGUUAUAAAAGAUUGAACAGACUUAUUUAUGUGAUGUCGAUCCAAAAACACACAUGUAAGAGGCUCCACCAGAAAUCAGCAUUGAUAGAUAAAUUGAGAUGCUUAUAGAUUCCCAAAAAGAAAAAGAAGAUCAACUCACGAAAUCAGAGUAAUAAUGA